AUGCUGAUGACAGCCAGCAAUCCGAUAUGCCCUCAGGCAUCGGAUGAUCUUGUCCUUCAACAGCAACAGCAGCAACAAGCUACACAACAGCAACAACAACAACAACAACAACAGCAACAGCAAGUAGCAAACUAUGCUCAGUUUCAAGUUAUCAAGCAAACUUGUGAUGCCUCAUUCCAAGAUUGGCCACCUUCUAGUGCUUCUGUGGCUGCAGCUGCAGCUACCGGCACAACACCCAUGCCAUAUCCAACGGCAGCCACAGCUGUUCCGACAGCAUCCAACUUUAAUUUUCUGUUUCAACCAUCUGAUUGGGCAUAUCCACACUUGCCUCAUCCAUUACCUCCCGCAAUGCUACAACCCAAUGAGAUGAAGUUUUUCCAGGUUGAAGUCGACCGUCCAGAUGUUAUUCAGAGGUUGUCCCAUCCCUGGACAUACCCAUUCCCAUCUUCGGGAGAUGACGCUGCAUCCCAUUCGCAGAUGUCGGACGAUUCAGAAGUUGCAUGUAAUGAUGAUCUCGAGUCCUUUGCAAAACAAUUCAAACAACGAAGGAUCAAAUUAGGAUAUACUCAGGCAGAUGUUGGCUUAGCGUUGGGCACUUUGUACGGCAAUGUAUUCUCACAGACGACUAUUUGUCGAUUCGAAGCAUUACAAUUAUCAUUUAAGAAUAUGUGUAAAUUGAAGCCGUUACUAUUUAAAUGGUUGGAGGAAGCCGACUCAACAUCAUCAUCUCCGAGUACUUUCGAAAAAAUGACAGGGCAAGGAGGGCGCAAACGGAAGAAGAGAACAAGCAUAGAGGUAAACGUUAAGUCUCGACUGGAAGUUCAUUUUCAAAAGAAUCAAAAGCCAAAUGCUCAAGAAAUUGCUCAGGUGGCAAUGGAGCUACAACUUGAAAAGGAGGUUGUCCGAGUGUGGUUCUGUAACCGCAGACAAAAGGAAAAACGCAUGACACCGCAAUACGAGAACGUUCAUCUGAAUGUUGGAGGAGGCAACGGUAGCGCCGGUGCUGGUAGUGGAGUCAUCCAAAAUCCAUAUCCACCGGAGCUUUUUAACUAUGCGAAUGGACUGAUGCAACCAGCAUUCGUAGGGUCACAUCUCCAAUAG